GACCAGGUGUUGGCAGAAGCACAGAUAAGCUUUAGGAACCACCAACACCUCUUGGAGAAAGAGAAGCUGCAGUUUCUCUCAAGGGUUCAUUCUGAUUGUAAGUUGUUCAUCUGGAGCAGAAUAAAAUGAAAGGCUUUGCCUCUGUCGCUGCCAUGCUGCUUUUGAUGCUGGUACAAAACAGCUGCCAAAAGCCGAUGCAUGACACAGAAGAAAUAUCAAGCAGUACAUUGCAGACAUCAGAGAAACAACUGGAUACGUCCAAUUCACUGCAGGAUGUGAAACGCCAUUCUGAAGGCACUUUUACCAGUGAUUACAGUAAAUAUAUGGACAACAGACGAGCAAAAGAUUUUGUACAAUGGCUGAUGAAUGCAAAACGAAAUGGUGACAAAACAAAGAGACAUGCGGAAGGAACUUACACAAGUGAUGUAGAUUCGCUUUCCGACUACUUCAAAGCAAAACGCUUUGUAGAUUCACUUGCAGGUUAUGGAAAGCACCAAAAUGGGGGCAUUUCCAAGAGAAGCAUUGAAUCUACCCUCUCGGAAGAAAGUUACAAGAAUGACCUGGAUUCUUAUCUGGAGGUGAAGGCAGCAAAGGACUUUAUUGACUGGCUAAUGAAGGGACGUGGCAGAAGGGAAUAUCCAGAAGAUGGUAAAGAAAAUCUGAAUGGAGUGAUUUCUGAGGACUUGGACAGAAGACAUGCCGAUGGAACCUUCACUAGUGAAAUUAGUGUUGUCUUGGAUACCAUGGCUGCCAAGGAGUUUUUGAACUGGCUUUUAAACUCCAAAACCGUCCAGUCAAGGGACUCCGAAAUCGAAUUUUUCAGCGAGUUCAAGUAAAGAAGAGACUGAUUUUGGUUUAGCAUUUUUGUGUUGUAACAUUGGCCAUGCCUCGAUAAAAUAUUUACAGCUUUUUGUUGUGCGAGUGACACAAUGUUAUAUGAAGCCAUAAUACUUUGCAAGCAAAAGAAUUGACUUAAAGUGUAAUGUGUGUUGAAGUAGGAACUUAGGUAAAUAAACAUUAUUCAAAGGAUAGUUAAAAGGAAAAGCAUUACAACUAUAAGAUUCACCACAGCAAUUGUGUAUCGUACAGUACACCAAACUACCUGUUCAGAUCUAUUUUAGGAAAUUAUUUUUCUAAUAAGUAAUUUGUAUAUAUUUGAACAAAUAAUUAAUUGUAGUCAAUAUCUAUUUAAAUCUUUUGGUUUAAUUUAAGCUCCAUUUUUUAAAAAACGGAGUCUAAUAUCCCAGUAUGAAAUUAGUACGUUUUGAGCAGAUAACUAACGCAAAGCUUUUAAGGUAAAAACAGUAAGCAUGAA